AUGACAGUUAUGGCCAGUAGCCCUAGAAGGGGUCAUAACUGGCCCCAAAUGACAAUGGCAUUGGCCAUUGUUUUGAUUUCUACUACUGUGACUUCUGCUGCUGCAGAUAGUUAUAUUUACUCUUCACCUCCACCACCUUAUGAGUACAAGUCACCACCACCACCUUCACCAUCACCACCACCACCUUAUGUGUACAAGUCACCACCUCCUCCACCAUAUGAGCAUAAGGCACCGUCUUAUGUGUAUAAAUCACCACCUCCACCAUCUUCAUCACCACCACCUCCCUAUGUAUACAAGUCACCACCUCCAUCAUCCCCAUCACCACCACCUCCUUAUGUAUACAAGUCACCACCUCCACCACCAUAUGAACACAAGGCUUCAUCAUAUGUGUACAAGUCACCACCUCCUCCAUCUCCAUCACCACCACCUCCUUAUGUGUAUAAGUCACCACCGCCACCUUCAUCUUCACCACCCCUGCCUUAUAUUUAUAAAUCACCACCUCCUCCACCAUAUGAGCACAAGGCUCCAUCUUAUGUCUACAAAUCACCACCUCCUCCAUCUCCAUCACCACCACCUCCCUAUGUAUAUAAGUCACCACCUCCACCAUCCCCAUCACCACCACCUCCUUAUGUAUACAAGUCACCACCUCCACCACCACAUGAACACAAGACCCCACCAUAUGUGUACAAGUCAUCACCUCCUCCAUCUCCAUCACCACCACCACCACCACCAUACUAUUACAAGAGUCCUCCACCACCCUCUCUCUCACCUCCACCUCCUUACUACUACAAAUCUCCUCCACCACCUUCUCCCUCAUCUCCACCUCCUUACUACUACAAAUCUCCUCCACCACCCUCACCUUCACCUCCUCCACCAUACUAUUACAAGUCUCCACCACCACCAUCUCCCUCACCACCCCCUCCAUAUUACUACAAAUCUCCCCCACCACCCUCACCCUCCCCUCCCCCACCAUACUAUUACAAGUCUCCUCCACCACCAUAUAUACACAAGGAUCCACCAUACUAUUACAAGUCCCCACCACCACCUUCACCAUCUCCUCCACCUUACUACUAUAAAUCUCCCCCACCACCUUCACCAUCUCCACCAUCACCGUACUACUACAAAUCUCCUCCCCCUCCAUCUCCUAUUCCUUAUACAUCAUACUACUACAAGUCUCCUCCACCACCCAAGGUCCUUCCACCACCAUACUAUUAUAACUCUCCUCCUCCACCUUUUGUAUAUCCUUAUCCGCAUCCCUACCACCACUCAUUGAUUGUGAAGGUAGUCGGUAAAGUCUACAGCUUCAGGUGCUAUGACCGGGAGUAUCCAGAAAAAUCUCAUGACAAGAAACAUCUCAAAGGUGCUGUUGUUGAGGUGACAUGCAAAGCUGGGGCUAAAAUCAUUAAGGCUUAUGGUAAAACUAAGAUCAAUGGAAAAUACAGCAUCACAGUUAAAGACUUUGACUUUGUCAAAUAUGGUGAAACAGUGUGCAAGGCCACCCUAUAUGCUCCACCUAAAAACUCUCCAUUUAACAUACCUACUAAACUAAACAAAAGAACCAAUUUGUACCUGAAAUCCAAGGACAAGUAUGAGGUUGUGCUCAAGGCUAAGCCAUUUGCUUAUGUUUCAAAGAAACAUUUUAAAGAAUGUGAGAAACCCAAGCCUUCACCAACUCCUUACUAUUACAAAUCACCUUCACCUCCUUCACCGGUUUACAAGUACAAGUUACCUCCUCCCCCAGUCCACUAUUCCUCACCAGUUUACAAGUACAACUCAUCACCUCCACCGGUUUACAAGUACAAGUCGCCUCCUCCUCCAAUCCAUUAUCCCUCACCAGUUUACAAGUACAACUCACCACCUCCACCGGUUUACAAGUACAAGUCUCCUCCUCCCCCAGACUAUUAUCCCUCACCAGUUUACAAGUACAACUCACCACCUCCACCGAUUUACAAGUACAACUCACCACCUCCACCAGUUUACAAGUACAACUCACCUCUUCCCCCAGUUCAUUAUCCCUCACCAAUUUACAAGUAUAACUCACCACCUCCACCGGUUUACAAGUACAAUUCACCACCUCCACCAGUGUACAAGUACAAGUCGCCUCGUUCCUCAGUCCAUUAUCCCUCACCGGUUUACAAGUACAACUCACCACCUCCACCGAUUUACAAGUACAACUCACCACCUUCACAAGUUUACAAGUACAAGUCGCCUCCUCCUCCGGUCCAUUAUUAUUCUCCUCCAUAUUACUACAAGUCACCUCCACCUACCACACCGGUUUACAACUACAACUCACCACCUCCACCAGUCCAUCAUGACUCUCCCCCAUAUUACUACAAGUCAUCUCCACCACCUUCACCAGUAUACUCAUCACCUCCACUUGUCCAAUAUUAUUCUCCUCCGUAUUACUACAAGUUACCUCCACCUCCCUCACCGGUUUACAAAUACAACUCACCACAUCCAUCGGUCCAUUAUGAUUCUCCCUCGUAUUACUACAAGUCACCUUCACCUCCCUCACCAGUUUACAAGUACAACUCACCACCUCCACCAGUCCAUUAUUAUUCUCCUCCUUACUACUAUAAGUCACCUCCUCCUCCUGUAAAAUCACCACCACAUCCAUACUACUAUAAGUCCCCACCACCACCAUUACCAUCUCCACCACCACCAUACUAUUAUAAGUCACCUCCACCUAAGGAGAUUUCAAAACCACCAUACUAUUAUAAGUCAUCACCCCUACCAUCACAUCCCCCUCCUCCACCGUACUAUUAUAAGUCUCCAUCUCCACCAUCACAAUCCCCACCCCCUCCAUACUAUUACAAAUCUACUCCACCACCAUCAUCACCAUCACCACCUCCCUACUAUUACAAAUCACCUCCACCGUCAUCACCAUCUCCUCCCCCUUCAUACUAUUACAAUUCUCCACCACCUCCAUCACCAUCUCUACCCCCUCCCUACUAUUACAAGUCACCUCCACCACCCUCAGCAUCACCGCCACCUCCUUACUAUUACAAAUCUCUCCCACCACCAUCUUCAUCACCACCACCUCCUUAUCAUUAUCAAAGUCCGUCUCCACCAUCUCCCAUUUCUCGUCCUCCCUACUAUUAUAAAUCUCCUCCACCACCAUCACCAUCUCCUUACCAUUAUGUGAGUCCUCCCCCACCUGUAAAGUCACCUCCACCACCGGCUUAUAUCUAUGCUUCACCACCGCCACCUAUCUACAAUUAG